UCAGUUUGCGAUCUAUUAGCUUUCAUUGUGGUAUCAGAGCUACUGCGAACUGUAACCAUCAAGAGGUGCGAGUUGAGCAAUUGAGAUUUGAGUGAAAUUGCUGAGAUUCUGGGUUUUGGGAAACACGAGAGAAAGUGAGGUUUUAAUCACUGGUGUGCGCGAGAGAAUCCAAAGAGGAGCAGAGGUAUGAGUAUUGACAGCAACUUCUCUCAAGUGGGAAUUCCCAAGUUCGAUGGGGAUUAUGAUCAUUGGAGUAUGCUGAUGGAAAAUCUGCUCAGGUUCAAGGAAUUGUGGACAGUUGUGGAAGAUGGAUUCAGAGAGAUUGAUGCUGGAUCUGUGCUGACUGAAGCUCAGACAAAGACAUUGGAGACAACACGUUUGAAGGAUCUAAAUGCCAAAAAUUACCUUUUUGGCUCCAUUGAUCGGAGCAUUCUGAAGACUAUCACUCAGAAGGCAACCUCCAAGCAGCUGUGGAACUCCAUGAAGACUCGUUAUCAGGGAAACGAGCGUGUGCAAAAGGCAAAUCUGCAAGGGCUCAGAAGGAAUUUCGAGUUGCUGCAGAUGAAGGAAGGAGAGACUGUGACUAGUUACUUUGGCAGGGUAAUGGUCAUUGCAAAUUCAAUGCGGAAUUGUGGUGAUGAUAUGACAGACACUAAAAUUGUGGAAAAGGUACUUCGCACUCUCACUGAGAAGUUCAACUACAUUGUUUGCUCAAUUGAGGAGUCCAAAGAUAUUUCUGAACUAUCAGUAGAUGCUCUGCAAAGCUCUUUGCUGGUUCACGAGCAAAAGUUCACAAGAUUUUCUACUGAUGAUGAGCAAGCCUUACAAGUAUUUGGCGCUGGAAGAGGUCGAGGUGGUAGGAUUGGCUAUCAAGGCAGGGAUGGUAGAGGAACAGGAAGAUUCUGGAACAGGGAUCAGGUUGAAUGUUUUAAGUGCCAUAAGAUGGGACAUUUCAAGGCUGAGUGUCCUGAGUGGCAGUCUCAGGCUCAUUAUUCAAGCUGGGACUCCACUGUUCUCAAAGAUGAUGUUCUCUUAAUGGCAUACACUGAAGAAACAGGGGUGGAGAAUAACUCUACCAAGAAGGAUUCUGCUUUCUGGUUUCUAGAUAGUGGCUGCAGCAAUCAUAUGUGUGGAGAUCAAAGCUGGUUUAUCAAGCUUAACAAUGGCUUCAGAAGUGAAGUCAAGCUAGGAAAUGGCAGCACACUAGAUGUUCAAGGAAAGGGUACUGUAAAAAUGUUGAUUGAAGGAGUUCCACUUGUCAUUCAGAAUGUGUUCUACAUUCCAAGUCUGAAGUCCAAUCUGCUAAGUGUAGGACAACUGCAAGAGAAGAACCUGGCAUUCACAAUAAAAAAUGGAAGCUGCAGAAUUUAUCAUGAAAAGCAUGGACUGUUACUCCAAACAUCUAUGAAGUCCAAUCAAAUGUUCAUACUACAGGCUAAGAAACACACUGCAGAUGGUGGUCACUGUCUACAAACUACUCAUCAUGACACAUUGAAUCUGUGGCAUCGAAGAUUUGGUCAUUUGAGCAAGACAGGACUGCUUCAUUUGGAAAAGAAGAAGCUGGUGCAGGGGCUUCCAAAACUGACUGGAGAAUUGGAGGUCUGUGGAACUUGCAUGGUUGGAAAGCAAAGCAGAACCAAGUUUCCAAAGAAAGGAGCAUGGAGAGCCACUAGACCACUUCAACUCCUUCAUGCUGACUUAUGUGGUCCUCCCACUCCAACCUCAAAUGGAGGGAAAAGGUACAUUAUGACACUCACUGAUGACUAUAGCAGAAAACUCUGGGUUUACUUCUUGAAUGCAAAGUCAGAGGCUUUAGCUUGGUUCAAAAGGUUUAAAGCACAAGUGGAGAAUGAAACUGGAAGGUCCAUUGCUUGUCUUAGAACAGAUAGAGGAGGAGAAUUCUUAUUACACGAGUUUAGAGAUGUGUGUGAAGCAGCAGGCAUCAGAAGGCAACUAACAGCUGCACUCACUCCUAAGCAAAAUGGUGUUGCUGAAAGAAAGAACAGAACUAUUCUGAAUAUGGUAAGGUGUUCUCUGGAGGAUACCAAGGUUCCCUCAUCUUUCUGGCCUGAGGCUGUUGAUUGGGCUGCACAUGUACUCAACAGGAGCCCAACCAUAGCCAAUGAGGGUAAAACACCACAAGAAAGAUGGACAGGAAAGCCUCCAUCAGUGAAUCACUUGAAGGUGUUUGGUUGUGUGGCUUAUGCUCAUGUGCAUGACAGCCUAAGAAAGAAACUAGACAGCAAAAGUAUCAAAUGCAACUUUCUGGGGUUGUCUAAGGAAUCUAAGGCUUAUAAGCUGUUCAAUCCUGAAACAAAGAAGGUCAUCAUUAGCCGAGAUGUGGUCUUCAAUGAAAAGGAAGACUGGAUAAGCAAAUCUGCAGAAGAACCUGUUUUGACUAAGCUGAUAUGGGAAGGAAGUGAAGAAGUCUGGAAUGACUCAGAGGAAGAAGAAGGAAGUGAGGGAGAAGAAGGAGAAGAACCAGUUACUGAAGAGGACAGUGAGGGUAGCAACCCACAUUCUGCAGAUGAGAGUACUAAUCCCAGUGCUAAUCCUUCCAGCUCUCAGACCUCACCUGCAGAUCCCACUACAUCACCAACUGCUCACACAGAAGAAGAAGAAGAAGAAGAAGAAGAAGAAGAAGAAGAAGAAGAAGAAGAAGAAGAAGAAGAGGAGGAAAUGACUGAUGCACUGGGGUUACCAAUUAACAGUGAGCUAGGCCCCAGGAAUCGAAAAUUCCCAAGUCGAUUUGGAGACUAUGAUUGCUCUGGAAUGCCUAACUUGGCAUUCACUGAAAGUGACAUAUGGGCUUUGGUAGCAGUCAGUGGUGAUCCAACCACGUUUGAAGAAGCAGUACUGGAUGAAAAAUGGAGACAAGCUAUGAAACAAGAAAUUGAGGCUAUCAAAAGAAAUCUUACCUGGACUCUAGUUGACAAACCACCUAGAGUAAUCCCUAUUGGAGUCAAGUGGGUUUACAGAACAAAGCUGAGAGAGGGUGGGUCAAUUGAUAAAUUUAAGGCAAGAUUGGUGGCAAAAGGUUAUGCUCAGAGACAUGGAAUAGAUUACAGUGAAGUAUUUGCACCAGUGGCCAGGUGGGACACUAUAAGGACAUUUCUAGCACUUGCAGCAAAACAUGGUUUAACUGUGUACCAGUUAGACAUCAAGAGUGCAUUUCUGCAGGGAGAACUUACAGAGGAAGUCUACAUCCAACAGCCACAAGGAUUUGAAGUUCCUGGUGCAGAAAACAAGGUUUACAAACUACAAAAGGCCUUGUAUGGCCUAAAGCAGGCUCCCAGGGCAUGGUACAGCAGAAUAGAGUCUCAUUUUCUGGCAAAUGAGUUUGAAAAGUGUGAAUUUGAGCACACACUGUUUGUGAAAAAGAAGAAAGAGGAUGUGCUGCUAGUGAGUGUGUAUGUGGAUGAUCUGAUCUAUGCAAGUACCAGUUGUGAGAUGCUAAAGGAGUUCAAGGAAUCAAUGGAGGCUGAUUUCGAGAUGACAGACCUAGGGAAGAUGAAGUUUUUCCUAGGGGUGGAGGUAAUCCAAUCAUCUACUGGUAUCUUCAUUUCUCAAUCCAAGUAUGUUCGAGAGCUGUUAGAAAAGUUUCAUCUGGCAGACUGCAAUCAUGUUCUUAAUCCUAUAGCACCAGGAGCCAAACUCUCGAAGGCUGGAGAUGGCAUUCAAACUGAUGCAACUGAGUACAAACAACUUAUUGGGAGUCUGUUGUAUGCAACAGCUACAAGACCUGACAUCAUGUAUGUAGUGUGCUUAUUGAGCAGGUCCAUGGAGAAACCCACAAGACAACAUGUUCUGGCAGCAAAAAGAGUUCUGAGGUAUCUAAAAGGGACACUGAAGUUUGGAGUGAUGUAUAGAAGACAGGAGGAAGAAGACCACCUGCUUGGAUACACAGACAGUGACUAUGCUGGAGAUUUGGAUGACAGGAAGAGCACCAGUGGUUACAUCUUCUUUCUUGCAGGUGGAGCAAUCUCAUGGAGCUCAAAGAAACAACCUGUUGUGACAUUGUCAACAACAGAAGCAGAAUUCGUGGCUGCAUCUUUCUGUGCAGCUCAAUGUGUUUGGUUGAAGAGAGUUGUGACACAAAUGGGAUGGCCAGGCUGUGCAGCAGGUUCAACUAAGGUCAUGUGUGAUAAUAGCUCUGCUAUUAAGUUGUCUAAGAAUCCAAUUAUGCAUGGCAGGAGCAAGCAUAUAGACGUUCGCUUUCACUUCUUGAGGGAGCUGGCCAGGAAUGGAACAAUAGAGCUGGAGCAUUGUGGAACUGCAGAUCAAAUUGCAGAUAUUAUGACCAAGCCUUUGAAGUUGGAGACUUUUCAAGUGUUACGCAGCAAGCUUGGACUGGUUGAUGGAGCUGAGUUAUGGUCUGAAGGUUGAUGAACUGAAGCUGUUUGAAAUAGGCUUCAGUUCAGGGGAGGCUGUUGAAGAUGCUGAAGUACAGAGGAAUCCGAAUCCAUUCUGGAGAAUGAAAUCAAAACUGUGUCGUUAAAGGUUCUUCACUUAAGUGUGUGUCAUUAGACUGCGUCGUUUGGCAUUUUUCUAUGUUGGUCAUUAAUGUUUAGUUUAUGGUAGUAUUGGUCAGUCUGGCUAAACUAGCCGUUGCAGUAGUUUACGUUGCAGAGUUGAGUUGUUAGCCUUGAAGCUAAUCUUCAGGGAUUCAGCUGUUGAGAGUCAAGUGUCAAAGCCAAAUCUGUAGGCUUUCAGUUGGGAGUUCAUUGUAUAAAGAUCGAUUCCAUUCUAUGAAUAAAGUCGUCAGUUUGCG